AUGUCUUCCAUAGACAGAGAGCACAACAAGUCAAAGCUAAGAAAGAACAAGAGGAAGAAAGCCACAAACUCCAUCCCUGUGAGCCUUGUAGGCAGCCCCUACAGCUCCAAGACUAGGCUUGGAGCUGAGGACGCUCUUUUUAACCUCACAGACCAGGAUAAGUUGCUAUCAAAACUUAUGAAGAAGUCCUUUAGAGACGGUCAGCCUUCGACAAUUGAUUUCAAAAGAGUCACAUCGUUAAAAGAUUGUGAGCAAAAAUAUAACAGACUAGAACUGAAAAGCUCAUACCCAAAAGGAAAAGACCUGAAGACUAAGAGCUUUAUUGAUAAUAUUGACAACAAGUCAGCCGCUAAGAAGAACCUAGGUUAUAAGAAUAUAAAAUAAGCAUGUGAGACAUAAGUCUGAUGGAUAUAAUAUCCCUCUUACUUACUCUAGCAACUUUACGAAAUACAUCAGACAUCCAAAGAGGUCCAAAGUGAAAUCUAAUAAGCGAUCUGGAUCUCGAGCUGAUAGUGAAAACUCUAAUAUAGUCACCUCGGUACAAAUCCUACAUCCGAAUAAGACUAAGCUUUUAGGUAAGAAGGAUACCUCUAUUGGAGAUUUUAACAAAACUGCUUCUAAGAGAUCUCCUUCUAUUACGAUGCUAAAGAAAUAAAAAGGUGAUUUCUAAGACUCAUGCUCAUAAUUCUCCGCUGUUAAGAUCAUCAGAAAGCCUCCAUUUCAGAUCAAAGAGCAAAUCAAAGCUAAACAAGAAGGUCUCACAGAUCACUACUGCUCAUGGAGAUAGAACCCUUGAGUCUCUUUCAAAUAAUCAUCCAAAGACUAUCAAGUCAGGUGUUUUUAAAGCUCGCAAAAAGGCUAUGAUAGCUAAAUUUUGAAAGAAGAAUUUCCCUAGCUCAAAGAAUUCCUCACCAAAGAGCUCUAAGUUAUGGAGUCAUUCAAAAAGUGAAAAGCCUACGACGAAAAAGAGGAUCAAAAAGAUGGUAUCAUCUAGAGGAACCUCAAUAAAUGAUAGAGAAACUCCACCAUUCAAUAAUAAAGACUUUAAGAAACCUUUGAUAAAAAAGAUGAACAAGCAUAAUAAAAUUAGUGCUUUCAUUGGGCAUGAAACUCAAGCACAAGCCCCUUCUCAGUUCAAUGCAAGCAAACUUUUGGGACAAGACAAGAAGCCUAUGCAGAUAUUUAUGAUGCCUGGUUCUGAGAGACACACUUGCUCUACAGCAAAAAGUAAUUAUGUGAAGUUCAGAGACACUAAACUGAAAUCUAAACUAAUCAAACAUAUGCCAGCGAACAGGUCUACUGAUCUGAAACUUCAGUUAGACAAGGGAAUAGAAAGGCCUCGUGGACAAGAAUACAAGAAGACUAAAUUCAUUAUUCCAAAGAAUCUCAGCAGGGAGACAUCAGAGGAGAAAGAAACUCUUUCGAAGUAUCUCAAAGAGAACCCAAAUGUUCAGAGUUGUACUAUUCAUAUUAAUGAAUUACUAAAUAGUGGGAUCUACAAAUAAACCGAGAAGCACUCAGAAAUCUAUGUCAAUAAGCAAGGAAUCCAGCUUGUCCAGGAUCAUUAGACGUCCGAGCUCUAAGAAAACUAGCAUUAGUAAGGUCAAUUCCUCCCUUGAGAGGCCACAGAAAGAAGGCUUAAUAAUGAACCGUAGCCACAUAAAAAAUCCAAAGACCAGUCAGAGUAACUAUAGUGAGAUUAUGACUGGAUUUGAUAAACCUAACCUGAAGAAGACCCAGGUGUACCUCAUGAAGAAAGUAAGCAAAGAGAGAGAAUUUUAAAUAAGAAAAGUACUGCUUCCAAUAAAUAUACAAUUCUGAAAUCAAAGAAACAUCUCAAUACAGAAAUGAGGCACAAGAAUAAAUCCCAACAGAUUUCUCCGUAUUCCAAAGGCAAGUUAUAUAAUUACCAACCUGUGGCAACAAAAAUGGAAUCAAAAAGACAGAAAUCAGGGAAGCAUAGUCAGAAGAGUACCCCUAAGAAGUGAACGUUCCUCUUCCAAUCUGUUGCUUCGAUCAUUUCUAAUCAGGAAGUUAAGCCAAAGAUUACCAUGAACGUGAGCAUUGAUCUGAGCCAGAACCAGAAACAGGAUGUCAACCUAAUAGAGAGGAAUUACUUCCAAAAUAUAUCUGCUAGAAGAAAGCAGGACAAAAAGUCUUUAGGGAAGACUUUUAAAGGACAAAAGAACCUUAAGCCUUUGGUCAUAGAAGAGGGCACUGACAAAGAUGAUAGCAGCACAAAGCGAAAAUCAUACUCAAAAUAUCCUAAACAACUGCCUCAAAGCAAAGAGACGAAGGUUAUGAAGAAAUUGCCCGACUCUCAAAAUAGAGCCAAGAAGAAGAGUGAGCAAAAUUACCAGAAAUACAACAAGCCUUUAAUAAAACCAAUAGAGCAGACCUGUCCAGGGGAGGAUAAAGUGAUCAAAGAUAAUACCAGUUUUGUCAAAAUAGAGAAGCCAUCUGAUGAAGAGAAGUAUUCAGACAUCCUUGAUUCCUUCAACUUUGAUGAUGUCUCUCUUAAUGCUUCAAAAGCUAAAGGAGAAAAUAAGAAAUUUGAUGAAGAGGAGGUAAAACUUGAAAUUCCUCAGAAAACGAUUGAGAGAAUAGAUACUGAAGGAACUAAUAUAUCGGCUUUGAAUCUUUCCCCUAGAUCUAAGGCGAAUAAGAAGCUUAAGAAAUUGAUUAGAACCACGUUUGCUCGGACUAACAAAGCACCUGACACUACUAGUGAGUUUUAUAAAGUAGGAAAAGUCCUUGGAAGGGGUGCUUUUGGUAAGGUAAACCUCACCAUCCAUCGACUCACAGAAGAAAUGGUCGCCAUUAAAAGUCUCAAUAAAGAGUUCCUGACUGACGAAGUUAGUAGAAAGAAGGUUAUGAAGGAGGUGAAAAUUCUUAAGAAAAUGAGGCAUAAAAAUAUCAUCCAAUUGCUUGAUACAUUUGAAACUCAAAAGCAUAUCAUUUUUGUCAUGGAGCUAUGCUCAGGUGGGGACUUGCUUAACUAUGUCAGAAAAAGGAGAAAACUGACAGAGGAUUAUGCAAAAGCGAUGUUUAAGCAAAUAUUAGAGGCUCUCCAAUACUGCCAUCGCUUGAAUAUUCUACAUAGGGAUAUUAAGCUUGACAAUAUUAUUCUUGAUUCUCAAGGUAUUAUCAAGGUAGGAGAUUUCGGAGUCUCAAAAAUUAUUGAUCCCACACAAGUGAUGUAUGAUCAAUGUGGAACUCCAGCAUACAUUGCUCCAGAAGUACUCAGAGACAAAGGGUACCGUGGAUUUGGCAUUGAUAUAUGGAGUGCAGGAGUAGUACUCUAUUCCAUGCUUUACGGUACAGUUCCAUUCAGAGCCCAGAAUAUGAACGAUUUGCAUGAAAUGAUUAUAAAAGCCAAAUAUACUCUUAAACCAGAGAUUAGUGAAGAGGCAAGGGACCUUCUCAAGAAAAUUCUUGAGGUUGACCCAAAGAAAAGACUCACCAUUCCUCAAAUCUUGGAUCACUCAUGGUUCAGUGACUGAAAUGAGAACCUAGAGAUUUUUACUGACAUUGAGAAAGAGAAGAUCAAGCAAGAAUUCUCUUAUAAUAACAUCAAGAAGGAGUAUAAAAAUAGCGAGACUGAUGUUUCAUGUGAUUUUACAGAGCAUCAUCUAGAGACAUGAGAUAAUGACGCGCUCAGAAACUUAACUACUAAAUCAAUCAUCCUAGCUCCGUUCAACAGCACGACAUCUGAGGUUCCGUCUGAAGAAGCCAAGGAGAUCGAAGAACUACGGCGUGAUAGAAAAGUGCUGAAAUUCAAUGCAAAAUGAAGGGAUUUCAACCGUCAAUAUGAGAUGAACAACAACUGUGAGCUCGACAAUGGAGUCUACAACAAAUUCAUGGAAAGUUCAAGAGCAAGCUUACAUUUUACUGAUAGCCAAAAUGACGGACUUACUGGAGGGAACUCCGUCGAGCUCUCAUUCAAUAAGAAUAAAGAUGCCGAAGAGUUUGAAGAUGAAGAUGACAUGGAUAACCAAAUAGAACUAGAAAUAAAAGACCAACAGAAUAAAAAGGAUAAAGGAGAACUAUCUGAAUUUGAACUUAUAACCCAAGAAGCUGAAAACAACCAACUUGAUAAGGAAGAGAUAGACGACUUCCUUGUUGAAGAAGUCUCUAAUUAUGGCUAUCCGGAGAGCUUUAUCAUAGACUCACUACAAAAGAACGAGAUUAACUAUGCGACAGCAAGUUAUUACAUCUUAAAGAAGCAAUUGGCUAUUAAUAAGAAGCACCCUUUAGUACUGGUUAAAGAGAUGAGUGCUAAGAUUAAUGAAUAA